GGGUGGGUUGGGGUUGGGUGGCGCAGGCUCGGAGGAGCUGGAGCUGGAGUGGCUGAUGUCGGUGUAGAGGGAGACCCAGAGGGGAUGGCCAUGUACUGAGAGACAGAGAGGGACAGGCGACCGUCGGCAAAGGUACAACAGGGAGCACGAGUCACGUUUGACAGUUCGGAAUGCAGUUGUAAACAAUGAGUUUGUGUACUGAGAUCUGCCGGUCACAGAAUUUGAAUUACCCAGCAGAUGGAGUACACCAGCGCUAUGGAGUCCGAUCAUAUCUGCAUCAGUUUUACGAAGAUUGCACUGCAUCUAUAUGGGAACAUGAAGACGAUUUUCAGAUCAAGAGAUCCCCAAGCAGGUGGAGCUCUGUUCUCUGGAAGGUCGGACUUGUGUCUGGGACUAUCAUCCUCCUCAUAGGUAUGGCAGUGAUCGCGACUGGCUAUCUCGUGCCACCCAAAAUUGAAGCGUUUGGAGAGGAGGAUUUUCUGGUAGUGGAUGGUCGUGCAGUCCAGUUCAAUGGGGCACUUGUCAUCUGUAAGUUGGCAGGUGCCAUCCUCUUUUGCAUCGGUGGAAUGAUAAUGGCCACUUGUCUCUUGCUGUCUGCAUUUGCCGCAAGCUACUCAAAGGAAGAAAAAUACCUUCAGCAGAAAUUUAAAGAAAGAAUAGCGGAAGCUCACAUAUCCAUGCAGCCAGUCACUAAAGCACCAACUCCAGGACAAGGUAGAAUUCCCAUCACUUUAUCCAAAGUUCAGAAUGUGCAGCCCUCGUCUCAAUCCUAAAAUCUAAAUGGUAGAUAUCAUAUAGGCCAUUGUAAAUUAGCUAUUUAUGAACAAAUCUUUUUAAAUGGUUAUCAUAUUUUUAUAGAGGUUCAAAUAUAGACACCACCACAUAGCUCAAGUGCUCAACUUAAGAAUCAUGCUUCAUCCAAUAAGUGAAUCAUAUAAGAAUCUUCAGUGAUGUACAAAUGUACGUGUCAUAUCACAGUCAGUCGCCUUAUAAAGUGGACAGGCACAUUUGUUGCACACCAACAAAACAAUUAGCAACAGAAUCCAGAUGCAGUGUUUCCAGAGCUCUGAUUUGCAAAUGUUUUUUUUUGUCCGAUUCUGAUGUGAAAUGGCUUUUGGAUGUACAGUAUUUGAAAUGGAUUAAAUAAAGUCUGAAAGUGAUGGCAAA